ACCCAAACCCUCUCAGUCUCUCUAAAAAGACAAUGCCAUACACACUGUUCCAAAUCCUCACUCCCUCCUCGCCAUGACCAAAACCCACCCAUGUCUUCUUCCUCUUUCACCUUCGCCACCCUCCGCCGCCUCAUCGACUCCGAGUCCCACCACCUCCCCUCCCCUGACUACAUCUCCCUCUGCCGUGACUGCACCGUCGACGUCACCGCCCGUCAGGACUCCAUCAACUGGAUCCUCAAAGUCCACGCCCACUACCGCUUUGCCCCUCUCACGGCUUUCCUCUCCGUCAACUAUCUCGACCGUUUCCUCUCCACCCGCUCCCUCCCGAGAGAGCAUGGGCGGUGGCCGUUUCAGCUGCUCUCGGUGGCGUGCUUGUCUUUAGCGGCCAAGAUGGAAGAGCCCCAUGUCCCUUACAUCGUCGACCUCCAAAUCUUCGAGCCCAGAUUCGUCUUCGAACCCAAAAUAAUCCAAAGAAUGGAGCUUUGGGUCUUGUCCACUCUCAACUGGAGACUCCGCUCAGUCACACCCUUCGAUUUCUUACCUCAUUUCAUCUCUAAGCUCUCAGCUUCUUCGCCUCUCAACCUUCUCGAGGCUUCUUCCGAUCUAGUUCUCAAAACCAUACGACUGAUUGAUUUCUUGGGUUUUACACCGUCGACGGUGGCGGCGGCGGCUGUACUCUGCGGCGCCGGUGAAAGCGUCGGGUCUGCGGUGCCGGAAGACGAAGCAGGGGUGGUGUUUGACGAAAGAGUAAACAAAGAAAAUGUGAGAAGCUGUCACCAACUCAUGGAGGAGUACCUGAUAGACUCGUGUCCCUCAUUAGCCGGUAGCCCUGCCACGGCUCCUCCGUCCUCCCCCGCCAGCCCGGCCGGUGUGCUCGACACUGCCGCCUGCGUGAGUUGCAAUACUCACUCGUCUACCAUCCAAGCCGGGCCGCCCCUAAAACGUCUCCGAACCUCAUUGCCGGACAAUAUACAACCUUCCUAGUUAAAAAUAAAU